AUGUCCCACGCUAUCAACUAUACGCAUGAUGCCACUACCCUUAAGCAAAAGGGGACAGACGACAUGGUUGAACCUGAUCGUUCCGAAGGCGAAAUUUUCGAUCACAUUGGCCGCAAGCACAGUAAUGACAGAGCCAUCCAAGGCGACGACCACUUUCAUCGCCUUGGCUGGAAGCGACUCACAAUCUUGCUGAUUGUUCAAUCGAUUGCCCUGGGCAGCCUGAGUCUUCCUGCAGCGUUCGCAACUCUAGGUAUGGUAGCCGGAGUAAUCUUGUGCGUCAGCCUGGGCCUCAUCGCCAUUUACGCAAGUUAUAUUAUCGGGUUGGCAAAGCUCAAAUAUUCACAUGUUGCUCAUUAUGUCGAUUUCGGUCGUCUUUUGCUAGGAGGCUUCGGCGACAAGCUCUUCAGCGUGGCGUUUAUUGCGCUGAUGACUUUGACAGUUGGGUCGCACUGCCUGACGGGAAAGCUAGCCCUUGCUACAAUCUCUGGCAGCACUGCGUGCGCUCUUAUCUUCAGUGUUGUGUCCGCUGUGGUUCUAUUUGCCCUUGCUAUACCGCCGUCAUUUGCUGAGCUGUCAAUUCUGGGAUUCAUCGACUUUUUCUCUAUUCUUGUGACUAUCGGAAUCUGUGUUAUCGCAACCGGUCUUCAGAGGACCGACUCAGCCACCUCCGUGUGGUCUGCAUGGCCGCAGGACGACUUGACCCUGAGCAAAGCUUUUGUUGCUAUCUCGAAUAUUGCAUUUGCCUAUGCCUUCGCUGCCUCCCAGCCAUCUUUCAUGGAUGAGAUGCAUACACCACAAGAUUACACAAAGUCCAUUUCCGCGCUAGGCACGGUGCAGAUGGUCAUCUACACCUUGACAGGGGCACUGAUAUACGCAUUCGUCGGACAGGAAGUUGGGUCCCCCGCAAUCGUGUCUGCCGGACCCCUCUUCUCAAAAAUCGCAUUUGGCCUCGCUCUACCGGUGAUCUUUAUCUCCGGGUCUAUCAAUACCACCGUUGUCUCCCGCUAUAUCCACGGCAGAAUAUACCAGGGCUCUGUUGUGCGUUACGUGAACACUACGAAAGGAUGGGUAAGCUGGUUGACGGUUGUUACGAUCAUUACUAUCUUGGCCUGGAUCGUCGCAGAGGCUAUUCCGUUCUUCUCCGAGUUGCUCUCUAUCUGCGGCUGUUUGCUUGUCUCUGGUUUCUCGUUCUAUGUUCCCCCCGUAAUGUGGUUCUUUCUUCUCAAGGAGGGAAGCUGGUUUGAGGGGCAUAAUAUUCGACAUGCAAUUCUCAAUCUAAUCGUGUUUCUUGUCGGUAUCUGUAUUUUUGGAUGCGGCCUUUACGCAAGCGUUACGGAAGUUAUUUCCGCAUUCCAAACGGGUUCCAUAAACCGGCCAUUUUCGUGUAGCGCUGGUCAGUGA